AUGGCAGACUCAUCCGAAGCCCCACGAUCGACAGUAUCACCUUCGGCAUCGAAAGCUGCUACGCCUGUGAGAUCGAACCCAGGAUCCCCUAAGUCCAACACAGCUUCGCCGAGGUCCAAGACUGCUUCACCACGAGACCCUAGCUCACCAGCAGUUCGACAAGAUGCUGCUGAAAUCGAGGCCGAGGACACCGAUAGUUUGCACGGUGGCAACCCAGUCACCGAUGAUCAGCUGUCGUCAUAUACGGCAUCAUUGAGUUCAAGCGUUGUUGACUACCCCGUCGAACACGGACGUACCUAUCACGCUUUUCGCUCAGGAGCAUAUUAUGCCCCCAACGACGAGGGCGAGCUCGAUCGACUUGACUUUCUCUCGACGUUGGUUUUUAGGGUGAUUGGACAGCCCUACCUUGCCCCCAUUGAGAAAGACAAGGUCCAGCGCAUUCUUGACAUUGGUACUGGUACUGGGAUCUGGGGAUGGGUCGAGUUUCAGGACUGGGAUCUGCUGUACCGCUCAGAUGACGGUACUAUCACCGAUAAGCAUGAGAGCUUGAGAAUGGUGAAGAUUUUCAUCGAUGUGUGCAGACAGAUAGGCCGCGAGGCCUGUCCAGGCCCUCUUCAGGAGCAACUAGCCAGGGACGCCGGAUUUGUCAACAUCGUUCAUCAAAAGUUUAAGGUUCCGAUCGGCCCUUGGGCCAAAGAUCCCUACUACAAGGAUAUUGGUACCAUGAACCUGAUUUGCGUCCUAGAGGGGCUUGAGGCGUUUUACUUGAGACUCCUGACGGGGGUCCUCGGUUGGAGCCGUGAGGAGGUUUUGGUGACUUUAGCAACCGUCCGUAACGAGUUAAAGUCUGGCACCUUUCAUGCCCACAUGGAGUUGUAA